AUGAGUCGCGGCGGAAAGCUUGCCCCAGAAGUCAACCGAGCUCUAUUCGUGAAGAACCUGAGCUACAACGUCACCCCGGAAGAGCUCUUCGACCUAUUCGGCAAGUACGGCGCAGUGCGUCAAAUCCGCCAGGGCAUUGCAAACAACACAAAGGGCACCGCAUUCGUCGUCUAUGAGGACGUAAUGGACGCCAAGGCAGCCUGCGACAAGCUCAACGGCUUCAACUUCCAGAACCGUUACCUCGUCGUGCUAUACCACCAGCCAGAGAAGAUGGUCAAGUCGAAAGAGGACCUCGAGCAGCGCCAGGCCAACCUAGAAGCUCUCAAGCGCCAACACGGUAUCGAUUAG